GAACACAAACAAAAUAUGGCUGAAAAACCAACUGUUUUAUUACUGGGAGGUUGCGGCUUUAUCGGACGCAACUUGCUGACAUAUUUGGUCGACAAUAACUUGUCCGCCGAAAUACGUGUGGUUGAUAAAACGCCUCCGCAAAUGGCUUGGCUGAAUGCAACACAAUCGAAGGCUUUCGACAAUGAAAAAGUGGACUUUUGCAGUGCUAACUUGAUAAACGCAAACUCCUGUAAAAAUGCAUUUGUGCCACACCCAACAACCGGUCGUUCUUGGGACAUAGUAAUUAACUGCGCUGCUGAAACUCGACCAAAUCAAACUGAUGCUGUUUACAAGGAGGGAAUUCUUAAGUUGAGCACGAACUGUAUCAACGAAUCCAUGAACAUUCAGUCAAAGCGUUAUAUUGAAUUAAGUUCUGGCUGUAUUAAUAGCUCCGAAAAGAGUCCUUUGAAGGAAGACUGUAAAACCGAUCCAUGGACAGCAGUGGCUAAACAAAAAUUAAAGGUGGAAAAGGAACUGCAAUCAAUGGAGAACUUUAGUUAUACCAUCGUCCGCCUUCCUAUUGUCUAUGGCAUUGGCGAUAAGCGUUACCUUAUGCCACGAAUUAUUAUUGCUGCCAUUUACAAACAUUUAAACGAAACAAUGAAAUUAUUGUGGAACGACGCCAUGCGACUUGCUACUGUUCAUGUCGACGAUGUCUGCGCCGCCAUUUGGCAGUUGGCUUUAAGUGAAAAAGCUAACCGAGAAAUUUACAACAUCGUAGACGAUGCGGAAUCCACCCAGGGCACAAUAAGUGAUAUUUUGGGAGAAAUAUUUUCCAUAAGUAUUGAUUACUUUGGCAUAGUGAUGUCAAAUCUCACCAAACUCAGCCUCUCGGAUACUGUGAGCGAAGUCAACGACAAACACAUGGAACCUUGGGCGGAAAUUUGCCAACAAAAUGGUCUGUCAAAUACACCCUUGACGCCUUAUUUAGAUGAAGAACAGCUCUAUCACAAACAUCUGAAUUUGGACAAUAGCAAGUUAAAAGAAUUCGGCUAUCAACUAAAACAUCCCAAGGUGACAAAAGAACUCGUCAAGGCCAUUAUUGAUGACUAUGUCGAGCAAAAACUAUUCCCGAAGUCGUUGACUUUUUAA